AUGAAGACUUUCCUGGGAUUAGGGGUUCUCUUUCUCCUCCUUUCUUUGAUGUGGAUUUGUGCCGGGGACUUGUCAGCCAUUUUCGUGCGAUGCUCCAGCAGCUGGUUCUUCGCCAGAAUCACACCCACUGUAUUUUACAACGUGCACAUGAACCACGAUGAGGCAUUUCUGGGAAACAACUGCCCUGUAACCUACUUCGUGCCAAAUUAUUACUACGAGUUUUUCUACCGUCCUCAAGCCUGCGGUAUCAAAGUUGAAAUUCUCCAAGAAGUUAUUCUGCUUAAAACUAAACUCAAGUAUGUCUCAAGAAACUCUACUGUCCGAGCUGAAAUACCUUUGAUGUGUGUUUUCCGCAAUCAUUAUCCUCUUCCUACUAAAUUGGGAAGGAACAGGAACAAACCUGGCAAUAUUACUGAGGGGGAAACAGAAGAGAGAAUAAACGUUACAGAUGAAGACACAGGAGCUACUUCUACAACAUUGUCAUGUAAUAAUCCAAAUGCUACAGACCCUUGUUUGCCAAAUGAUUGUACCUUUGUCAUAAGAGGAGAAACUGAACUGUUCACCCCUCCAUUGAGAGCCAACUUUUGA